UGGACAUAGACUGGAUUGGUUACAUCACCACGGCUCACUUCUGAUUGGUGAAAUUUGAGGGCGUUACAAUUCUCCCUUUGUUACAACCGUCAACUGUCUCCCUAAGGCCAAGAUGACGCUGCAUGGAUGCAUCUCAUUGUUAUUCAGUACAGCAUCUCAACAUUAGGUCCAGCAUUAGUGAGAUGUAUCCGAAAUGUUGCCUUUGCAAUGAUAUCAAUUCUCCUAUUGAAAACACAGUGCUGUGCAAAAGUAUUUGGCCACUGCGAGCUUUUUUUUUAUUUUGAAACUUUUUUAUGGCAUUGAUUUUGACAUUUAAAUCAGUAAGUUGUUUACCACCAUGUCAUUGGGUAAAGCUGACACUGAAAAUGUCAGUCAACGAAUGAGUCAAGCAAAAAACAGCAAAAGAAAUGGGUCAAUCCCUUUAACAUCAGUGCAACAAGUUCACCUCAUAAUGACAUCUCCUAUUUGUUUACACUACAGUCCUCCGCAAACCAGGAAGUAGAAUGUAAACUAUUGCAUGAUGGGACAAACAACCAAAGAUGAUGCUCUAUUUUUUUUUCACUUUUAUCAGUUUCGCCCUGACAGUUUUGUGCUCUAAUGUAUGUAGAAGACUGGACUAUCUCAGAAUUGUCUGUUAUUUAUUCCUUAGUUGUGUGUUCACAAACACCCCCAAUAGAAUUUAUUUUGUGAUUUCGCCGCCGGAUUUUCUAUUUUGGUGCAUUAUUUUCUUAGUGUGAUUGAAGUUAUCCUUAAUUUAUGUUUUCGGAGGCGGUCUUUGAACGCAUCUCGAGUCGCACGGCAGAAGAGAAGGCACGUCAUCGGACACAGAACAUUUUGUGGUAGCCUUGGUUGCUACCGUAGAUGUGUCUGUAUUUGUUGAGUGUUGAAAGCAUUAAUAGCGUGUACGUUUUUAAAAACAACACUACAGCUCUCUUUUUUUGGGAGCUGCAACAUGUAUAUCAUUUUGGUUUUUCAUUCCUAAAACAGGAAAAUCAAAUUGUGGACAAGACCUUUGCACAGUGCUGUAUUAAAGUAGAAGAACUGCGUCACUACUUAUUCACAGCAGGUUAACUUAUUUGUAUGGUUACCUAAUUUGUCACUUAGUUUCCACCAAAACUGAGCACUAUAAACUACAUUGGGUAUGUACUUAAAUGUCACGUGUUGAGCUUUUUGAGCGUCUGAGCGUGUUUUUGAGCUUCGUAAAAGCAUCUUAAAAUGUUUCAUUUACCCUUGCUUUCCUACAUUUGUCUUCAGUCAUUGUUAUGAUGUGAUUUUUUUUCAAUAAACUAAAUAAUAGAUGCAAGAUGUUUUCCACAUGUGUAAAAGUUCAAAUCAGGAAAGUGAGAUCUCUUUUGAACCCAUAAAUACUCACGAGUGAAUAAACAACAUGCACGUGAACAACUGUUAAAUCAGGCUUGGAAUGUUGAGAGCAUGCGUGACUCAUUGAACAUUUUUCACCAUGUCAUCGGACCUUCACGGUGUUAAAAAUGUCUCAAAAGCUUCUUACUAGCUGACAGGCUCUUCAUUAAAGUUCAUUUUUAUUGAUUCAUUCGAGCUAAUCUGACAAACUCGCCAUAAAACGAAGCCAUCGUGGCAGGGGAAUGUGUAAACAUGCAUUUGUAUCAUUCAAAGUGAGAAAACAAAAGUUCAUCCUGUGACAGAUGAGGAGGAACUGCAAAGGGCCCACAUCCGCAUUUCAUAUCACUUGUCAUCCUUGUGACUGCACACACAAGUGAUGAUUCACACAUUUCACUGUCUAAUAGAGAGGAAACUAGGACACGCUAAAUAAAAUGAAAAUCGACUAAAUAUCAUUUGAAGAUAAUUUUGAGGACAUGAAUGGAACACUUAUCCCGUUCAUGUGCCCGAGCUGCUUAUCUGCAUGAUGUUCACGCUGUCAGUCAUGCAAUACAUUUUGGCCACAUGGUGUGUUUCCAUGAGAUUAUAAGGAGAUGUUGGGUGUUGUUUGAAGACUUUGUCUCAGAAAUCCUUGAAAAUCUGCACUUGGCUGAUGACCAGCUCCCGGAUGUAUGCUUCCUCUGGCCGAAAGUCAGCUGUUAUAGACUCCAGCUAACUUGUGACCCUAAUAAGGACAAGAGGCAUAGAAACAAUUUUAAGAAAAUAUUCUGCCUGAUGAAAUGGUUUGACCACCCAACAUUUUUUUACAUCCUUGAAUACAACAUAGUCUGACAUAUCUCAACCAAGGCUAGAAGUGAUUUUAAGCUUUAAUUAGCAUGCAAGUCCAAUAUUUUUCUUCGCAAGAAUGUUAUUUGUGAAAAGAAAAUUCUGUUUCAUAAACACAAAUGUCUCCCUCUACUUCAUGCUAAUAGUCAAGGUUGGCAGCUCACUCCAUAUUGCCCUUGUUUUGCUUAUGAAUAUGGAGAUAGGAUUCGGCUGCUGCUCAGUGGAGGGGCGAAUCUAUUCUAGUGGCAUACAAGACGAUGGCCCAUUUCUAUCCCUAAAAAAAUAAAAUAAAAUAAACAUUCCUAAUUUGCUUUAUCACCCAGAGAGCUGAAUGUUGCGUUUUUUUUAAUACGACAUUACAUAAACAAUGUAUGGAGCCGAUCCCAGGUUUCUUCGGGCAGUCGGCGGGGUACAACCUGAAUUGCUUGCCAGCCAAUCGCAAGGCACACUUAGACGAACAACCAUUUGCGCUCACGCUUACACCAAUGGACAAUUUUGAGUGUUCCACUAGCCUUCCAUGCAUGUUUUUGGAAUGUGGGAGGAAACCAGAGUAAACCAGAGAUAACCCAAGCAGGCACCCGGAGAACAUGCAAACUCCACACAAGAAGGCACAAGAAUCGAACCCUGCACUUCUGUGCUGUGAGAUGGAUACGCGAAUCAGUCAAACACCGUGCAGCCCAAGAUAAGUACUGCACAUUCAUUUUAAAAAAAGUUAAAAGUUUCCCUGCUGAUAAUAAAUAGCACAAAGACUUCACUCUUAAUGAAUUGGGAAUGAAGGAGUGACCUCUUAAAACUCAUGACCACUUAAUUUCUGACUAAAAAUAGCCUUUGGAUGGCAAGCGAAAUGGCACAGAGGCCUUCUUAAUGCAAUAGUUGGGUGUCAUGAUGAGAGCUGAUAGUAGUUCUACAGAUCAUCAAUAAGGAAGCAUAACUUUUUUUGGACACACUUGUAAACUUGUAUGCAUGCAAACAAAGAUAAAAAUAGCAAAUGGCCUGUAGCUGAGGGAAAAGCGUGAAGCGUCUUGACAUCACAGUCAUAUGCCACUCUGGCUCUGCCUUCUUUGAUUAUGCGGAGCCAAACCACAUCAAGCGAUGAAGCUGUGAGGACAUGAAUUGGUUUUCUGAAAACUUGCCGUUAUAGUAUUUCAGAUACCAUUGUGCAAACAUCUACAAUCUGCAAAUUGUAUUAAAGAGGAGAACGUCAAUUUUUUUUGUAUUUGACUAUGGAUACUAGACUGACUAGGACCACUCUUGACCUUCAGAACCCAAACAGAAUACACAAUGCAUGGAAAACCAAAAUACAUGUCUUCAUUCAGAAUGCUUCACCACGAGCUAAAACCGACAGGAAGACUGCAAGUGACUCGAGGUCAGUGCAAACGUCUCUUGAGGUGCUUCUUUCCGAAAAAGCUGGACAGUCGGCCUUUCGCGACUUUCUAAAAUCCGAAUUCUGUGAGGAAAACCUGGACUUUUGGCUUGCCUGUCAAGAGUUUAAAACCUUGGAUGGACUGGAUGAGCGUCAAGAAAGAGCAUCACACAUUUAUGAAGAAUUCAUUUGCUCUGACUCUCCUUCGCAGGUCAACUUAGAUUUCUACACGAAAGAUGCUAUCAGGCAAAAUCUCCAACAGCCGGCGCCAUCCUGUUUUGUUGAGGCACAAAAGAACAUCUACGGUCUAAUGGAGAAUGGAGCCUUACCUCGCUUCGUUCAGUCUGAUUACUGUAAAGGUCUGUCUAAGUGCACUUCCAAGCGAUGGGCCAACAGAGAAGCUUUGAGGAGGAAGAGCUCUUGAAGCAUCAAAGAUGAAUCUAUGCUAAUCAGCCUUAUAAAAAGGCAGCAUUGGAUGCGAAGCAAUGGAGCGCUGCGCAUUUUAACGCAAUGGGACAGAGCUUUCCAUGGAACUGACGUAUCACACUACUUAUAUAAGUUGAUAUGAAAGUAAACAUUGCACACCAUCCAUUGAUCUAUUUUCUACUGUUUAUCCUCAUUUGGGUUGUGCAGGUCUAUCCCGGCUGACUUGGUUGUGUGCAACCUGAACUGGUUGCCAAUUACUCACAGGGCACACAUAGACAAAACAACCAUUCACAACAAAAGAACUAUUUGAAUCUUCAAUAAAAAACACUGAUAAGAAGGAUUUUGUUCCACAAGAAACGUUGACAGUUCGUUUGAUGUGCAUUUGUGCCCAAAUUUGUGCCUUUCAGAAACAUGGUGAUACUGUAAAUAACCAAACUUUGACCUUAAUAUACUGUACACCUCUUUUGUUUUGUGUAAUAUAAAAUACACAAUCUAAAAUAUCCUUUCAA